GUUCCACCGCCACUCCUGGGUGUGGUCCGAGGGGUAAGUUCUAUUGUUACGGGCCCAUGUCCAGCUGUUGGCCCAUGUACUCAUAUUUGAUGAUUUCUUAGUCGGUUCCGAGCCUGACAGCGCUCAUUCAUAUGAACUGAACGACCACGACCACCAUUAUAUCCCGCCUUUCCCUACAUUCAUGCUAUCGGCCAUCACCAAGGCAUCCAGGAUGCCUAUGUCCAAGACAGAGAUGAUUGCCUACAUGUCUACGAAACUAUCAAACGAAUAUUGGAUGCUCAUUUUUGACCAGCUCGACACCCGUGAUCUUUUCAAUGUAAUCUGUACUUGCCACAAGUUCUACCGUUUAGCCCUCAGGGCUCUCUAUCGUAACCUACUCUUCAUGGAUUUCAGCCAUUUCCAACAGAAUGCCUCAUUUUGGGAGGGGCGAGAGGAUAACAUGUUCGAGGUGCCAAGGGCGCUCGUACUCUGCGCGUUGAAACGUGGCAAGAUUGAUCCAUUCUCACCACCCUGCUACGGGCGUGUGUCUUACGACGUUCUCAAUCGUAUUAUUAGCUAUCCGUCGCUACGGAAGGUUGAAAUAUGCGCCUCUUCUCUCAGUCCCAACACAUUCUAUUCGACCAUUCUACGACUCCCCCAUUUGACUCGCCUAUCCCUUGUUGACAACAUAUUCGAUGUUCUAUCCAUGUCUUCGCCAGAUGGCGAAGUCGACUUUGCUCAGUUUGCUGCGCUACCUUUGACCCACCUCACCCUUCUGGGCAAUGUCGCCGUUGGGCCCCGCCGUCAUGAAAGAACUCGAUACCAUUUCCUUCAUCUGGCAACGUCAAAGACCCUCCGCGUUUUACGCAUCGACUGGGAUAUGGAGUCGUCCGUGUUCCUUGCUAAACAGACUUUGGGAUACGAUGGAGGGCCAUUUGACAUGCCCGAAGGUCUUGAAACAGUCGAACUCUGCAUCAAAAGCGGCACGUCUUCCCCACCGGCUGCGUCACCCAAUAUUUCUUUCCUUCACACUUUCUUACGUCAAAGCGGGCACCACGUCAAGACGAUGAAAGUGAUAGGCCAGUUGGAUGUGCGUUUCAAAGUUUCUGGCACUGUAUUGCCAAAGCUGGAAGAAUUUGGCGGCAAUCCAUGGGCUACCAUUGCCUUUCUACAUAGUUCAAGGCCCAUCAAGCAUCUCCACAUCUGCGAUAUCGACCAACAGUCUUCCAAUGCGGCUCUCAUUCCUCUUCUCUCCGCGGUCGCCAAAGACAAGCCAGAUCUCCAAACUCUUGAUCUCUUUGUUACAAUAUGGGAUCUGGAGAUCAUGCAUGCAAUCAAGCAUCUCUUCCACGACCUUCAUGAUCUGAGAAUCAAAUAUCAGCGUGGAGGACCCACCGAGAUUCGCGAAUCUUUCAACGGUCCACGUAUAUAAAAUUCAGUGCAGGCCCCAGACGCAUACCCGGAGGUAUAAAUGGUACAACCGACGCCUGCUUACGGCCUCCUCGCGAACGU